AAUUGUGACGAAUCAUUCUAAGGUCUACUAUUCAUCCUUACAGAAAAUGAAUCCGAAUAUACCUGAUUUUGCAAAUGAAGGAUGGCCUGUUUCUGAAUCUCUCUACGAUGAUUCUCCGCAGCAGGACCCUGGAACAUGGGAGAAAUCAGAACAGAAUCUUUGCAACAGCAGUUUAUCAAGCAAUGGUCUCAACGAUUUAGUUUCACGUAUCGUUGAUGAGUCCGACAGCUUGUCAAGCAAAGAUGAAUGGCCAACUGCUGACGUUGCGCCGUAUUCUGCUUUCGGCGGAGAGGAUAAUCGUUAUAGCCUCUUCAGUAGUCCGGCAAAACCAAGAGGCUGGUCUCUUGGAAUAGAUGAAAAGAAUUGGCUCCAGACUCCCAGUCCAGCCCCAGGGUUAAGCAAAAGGUUUCCAGCAACCCCAAGGAGUCUGGAUGAGGCUCUACCUUUCAAGCCACAGAAAAGCAGAAUCAGAGACGAGCCAGUGGAUAUCGAAUACACUCGGGCACCUUUCGAAGAGGAGGACUCUGUCUUCAGACCAUUUGAAAAACAGCCGUAUGCCAGGGAACUCUUCCCUGUAGAUCAGGAUUCGGGUAUGGGCAAUAGUUCUUUGGAAUCAACGGGUACUACGGAAAGUUUUUUACCAGCUUCUACCAGGGAAUGGAACGAGGUGAAAAAGAGCGUUUUGAAUCCGGAUGCCCCGUCUUUUGAAAGAUCCCAAAUGAAUUCGUCGAGAUUUCAUGAACUUCAUUGGCUUCAGAAAAAGAGCCAUUUUCCAGCAGCUCCAGGAACUCCGACCAGGAAGAGGAACAAUAGUGGAAAUAGUACUCAAAGUUCGGAUACAGUUGAGCAGCCUUCUGUUCAACAAGCUGAAUUAUCCAGUCUUCAGGCUCAGAUCGAUGCUAUGAAAAUCAAGAGUGAGGAAGGAGCGUCAUUGAAGGAACUUGCUAGUUACUUGCAUAUAAUUAAACAGCUUCAACAAACUGGUGGAUACAAUCCUUUGUUUCUCCCUCCAAGACUUCAUCCUCAGAUAUUCAAUCCCUGGCCGCAGAUAUAUCAGCCAGAAGUUUAUGAACAGGCUUUGCUAAAUGAAAACAUUUACAAUCUAGCACCUUUGGUUUAUCCAAGUGGAACACAAACUCACUAUCCAGGUAGCCGACCUUUCCACAAGAGGAGUGGACCUGCAAACGAACUUCAUCAAAAUCUUGAGGAGUGCUACGAACAGUUCAAAUUAAUUGAAAAAGAAAGGAAGAAGAGCGAAGCGGAACUAGCCAGACAAAAUCCUGGCAAAAAGAUUUCAGGAUUUAAUCAAACCCCAAGUAAUAUUCCACGUUUGGCUGCUAAUCCUUCGCGGGUCGACAGAUUGGUAGUUGAGAGUUUUAAAGAAGAAGCGAGGGUGUGUUCGCUUAUGCAGUACAUGGAACGUUUAAGAGGUGAUUCUUUACCUUCGCCGUUACAUUUGGCUGUUCGAGAAUGGCGUGAGGCAAUUUGCCAAGUUCACAAUAGAAGGAAGGACGAAGUCGCCAUGAAUCGAGAUCGACACGUCAUGAGAGCUGAAAUCGAUCGAAGCAAGUCUAGUAAAGUUGUUCUCGCCUUAUCGGCUAGCAUUGCUGACUUGAGAGCUUCUGUUCAAAAGGCUAGAAAGGCUUUGUGGAGUUCGAUGCAAAUGUCUCAUACAGAUCUACCGAAACCAAUUUAUACGAGGAAGAUAAAAUCACCAUUGAACGUACUGAAUGCAUUUGUGAGAGAAGCGGAGAAGAGAGCUUGCCUUUGCAAGUAA